GUACACAUCUUUAGUCAAGUACGGUGCCCAAAACUGGACAUACAAACUCCAGGUAAGGCCUCACUGAUGCCAAAUGGAGCAGCACUUACCUUGGUUUGCAAGUAACAUUUCUGUUAAUACAUCCCAGUAUGCUCCUGGUUUUUUGUUGGUUCUUUUUUUGUGACAAAAACACACUGUUGGCUGAUAUCCAGCUUCUGUAACUCCAGGUGCUUUUCUGCAGUGUUGCAGCCUAGCUAGUCUAUCCGUGCAUGCAGUUAUUCCAUCGUGAAUGACUAGGCUUGACUGAGUGUUAUAGGCUGUAUGAACUAAGGAAUAUUCUCCUCCUUGACAAAAGUACAUACAUUGUUUGCAUUAGAAGCAACUUUUCUCUGUACAUUAAUUUUUUCGCCUGUGAACAAAUGUAUUUAUAUUUAAUGCAAUCACACAUUUUACUAUUUUGUUAUAUUUAAAUAUGCCUAAAUUCUAAGUGACUACCACCAUUUUUUUGUUAAAAGAAAAGUAAACUUGUAUGGACUUUUAACAACUUUAUACUAAGACAACUUAAUUUAACUUGGGGUUUUCUAGAAUUAAAUAGCUGAGAUUUCCUUUCCAACAAUACUUCAGAAGCACAGAUAAAAAUGACUUCCUGUCUUACUAUUUCCUGUAUCCAUGGUAACCCCACUUUAACCACUCUCUCACUUGUUGUGGAGGAGCCUCUAGGAAGCAGUGUUUCCUGAGUGAGCAGUUUCAAAACCAAGGGGAAAAUGUGAGAGCUUUAAUAAACCAGAAUGUAAGAAAAGCCUUACAGACAGGUCUGCUAAGUUAACUUUUCCAGUGAAUGGCAUUAACAACAGGCUAAAUGAUAAAAAUGAACUACAGGUUUGGGCCAAGUCAGAAAUGAAUGGAAAAGCCAAAGACAGGGAUAUGUGUGGACUUCAAAAUUCUCUAUCCUGCAUAGGAGUUUUCCUGCAUAUCCUUAAUUGUUUUCUUUUGUUGGUGCUCCAGGAGGUAUUUAGUUGCCCAGCUGUCUGCCAGCUCUGCACAGGGGGACAUGUUCACUGCCGUAACUUAGGUCUUUCAAGUAUUCCAAAGAACUUUCCAAAAAGCACAGUUCUUGUAUAUCUGAGUGGAAAUAAUCUCUCUCAUGUAAUUCCAAAUGAAUUAACAGAACUUCGGAAACUUGUUGUGCUGUAUUUGGAUAAUUCCAACAUUUUACAUGUGUACCCAAAAGCUUUUGUUGAACUUAAUAAACUGUCCUAUUUACAUCUAGAUGAUAAUCACAUUAAACGUUUGGAUCCUGGAAUAUUUCAAGGGCUUUCAAAACUUAUUUUUUUGGAUCUUCAGAAUAACCAAAUAGCUUUUGUUCCUAGAGGAGUGUUUAGCGAUCUCACUUCACUUCAGUACUUAACACUUAAAAGAAAUCGUCUCACUAUCCUUGGAAGUGGCACAUUCUUGGGAAUGAUUAGUCUUCAAACACUUAAUCUAGCCUACAAUAAGAUUGCAUGGAUAUCGGAUUCAGCAUUUCAUCUCGUUGGAACCCUUGCAUAUUUAAACCUGGAGGGUAACAAUUUAACACGGGUGCCCUCAAGCGCCAUUGGAAUUCUCAAAAAUCUUGAGAGACUUUCCUUGUCUUACAACCCUAUUGGAAAAAUACACUCUUUUGCAUUUGAAGGACUUGACCAGCUUGAAUAUCUAUGUUUGAAGAGUUCAAAAAUAAAAAGCAUUCUCAUUAAUGGAUUUGCUGGGUUAAAUAACCUCAAACAGUUAAUUUUAAGUCACAAUGAUUUAGAAAAUAUAAAUGCCAGUACUUUUACCUUGUUGCAUAAUUUACUGUACCUGCAUCUAGACAGAAAUAAAAUAGUUAGUAUUGGCGAUAAUACAUUUGAAAAAGUUGGUUCCUCUUUGAAGAUAUUAAACCUAGCAUUUAAUAAAAUUGCAGACCUGCAACCUCAGGUACUCAAACCCUUGGUUUCAUUAAUUCAUCUGUAUGCAAGUUACAAUCCUUGGAACUGUAGCUGCAAAUUGUUUAGGCUACGCAAUUGGUUAGCAUCAUCUUCAAUCUCUGUAAAAAUACAUUGUCAAAAUCCACCAAGUAUGCGUGGUAGGCCUUUGUAUUAUGUUAAAUGGACUGAAUUUACAAACUGUGCCAGUACAAACGCCAAUCCAGAAGCAGUCUGGAAUCUGAAACCUGCAGGUAUGCAUCAUAGUACCACCACUUUAGUGAUGGCACUGCAUAAGGUGACUAGAUACAAUACACACAAACAUUUGGGAAAUUCUGCUGCUAAACAUGUUACUUUAUGGGGAAGAGCCCAAGCCACAUCUGGUAGUCAGUUUUUUUAUGAAGAAUAUGCCACUGGGAAUCCAUCACAGGCAACUACGAUGUUAUCAGUUUUGCCAGUGCAAAUGACAGCACAGAUCAUACCUGUUAAUUUAACCAUGGAAGAGAAUAAUAGUGUGUUUCCAUCAAGUGCUGCAUCUGUAUCACUAAAAACAUCUCUCCUCUGCACACAGCAAGUGGAGAAGCUGAAUCGGGCAUUUGACAUUUUACUAGCCUUUUUUAUUUUGGCUUGCAUUGUGAUCCUUUUUCUAAUCUAUAAAAUCAUUCGAUUAAAACAGAAACUGAAGCUACCAGGAAACUCAGAGGAAAAGGGAAUAGAGUACUACAGUUGUUAUCAGGCUGGCAGAUACAAUGUGACUAACCCAGUUCAGCCCCUGUCUCAUAAUCCAGUGAGGAAUUCAGAAUUAGACCAAAUUAGACUUCUCAAACGAACAGCGCCUGAGAAUCAGGCACAGGUCAUCUUGUUUGAGCAUUCAGCACUAUGAUUUAUUCAGUUUGACUUCUUUUGUUGAUUUUUUUUUUUUUGGAGGGGGCGGUACUUUAAAACAUCAAGAAAUCAAAUAUCUGAGGUUCUUUUAAAUAAUUUGUUCCUCUGUCAGAUCAACUAGUUCUUGGCAUUAUGGAAAAUGUUACAACCUAGGAUCUAUAUUAUGAUUCUUUCUCCAAAUGCUACUUGUUCUGACCUUUUGUGAUGGAUGAAUAUUCUGCUCUGUUUCCCUUUGAAGGAAACCUUCUUAUAUUACUCUUGUAUAUUGCAAUAUGUUCAGUAAGAAGUUAAAGCUAUGGCUUCAACUUUUUAUCCAAUAUUCAUUCGUUUUAAAUUUUGUAUGGAAAUAAUGUGUUUUGUUAAAUGAGUAAGGAAAAUCAAUUAUUAUCCACAUUAUGAGAUGAAAUGUUUUUCUGGGGAAAAUAGUGCUCUAAGAGGAUCUUUUUAAUAUGUGCAUUGCUAUUCACAAUGGGUUAGAAAAUUGAAAACAGUGAGGGGUGAUUUAGCUCAGUUGCUGAGUGUGGUGCUAAUAACACCAAGGUCAUAGGUUUAAUCCCUGGCUGGACUAGAUGAUCCCCUGAGGUCUCUUCCAGCCUUACUUCUCUAUGAAAGCUUUCCUUUUUGCUUAACAUGAACUGUUUUACAUUUUCUGAGAAAGAGGGGAAAAUUAAAAAUUCUGUAUAUUUUUUGUAUAUCAAUAUAUUGCUAAAGUAAAAAAUAGUUGCAUGCAGUGUGUAUAAUAAAAUACAUACAUUGUUGA